AUGGCCGUGGCCAUGGCUGCCACGAACCGAAGCACGUCUUCCUCCAACAUGACCGACCUCAUCAAUGAGGUUCGACGAACAGCCCAGCCGGCAGCCGAAGGCGAAGCAAGGAGCGCUGCGGCUGCGGCUGCUCACGCACACGCCCCGGUGACGAAUGGCCGAGCGCUGCUGCACAACGGGGAUGCACCUUCGCCCGUGCGCCCACGCCGGUCCUCACCGCUAGCCGUGUCCCCCACCAAGCACGAGUCGCGCGAGGCUGGCAAUGGCAAAUACACCGAGAGCAGCGGGCAUGGCAACAACAGCAGCAGCAGUAGCAGCAGCAAUGACGGCGGCCUCCGCAGCAGUAGUAGCGGUCCUUCAAGCCCCGAACCAGGCUUGCAUACUGUGACUCACAACCUCAACGAUCCCACAGCUCUAACCGCACACCUGACAGUGGACCAAAAUAACGAAUCGGAUGAUGCCAAAUCCAUUGGCUCAGCUUCCCUGCGCCACAGCCUUCGCCGUAAUCAGAGGCUUCGAGCCACCUACUUGCACCAGCAGAACCAGCCCAGUGCUGAUACAGCCUCGUUGUAUUCCGUCGAAGAUGUGGUCGACGAGCUGGGGCAGAGUCAGGACAAGCUCAAUGCCCUCCAGCGACUCUACACCAGCGUGGAGGAUAACAACACGCGGCUGAUAACUCUGGAUGGUCUCCGCGUGCUUAUCCUCACCGUGUUCCCAGGUGAUGAUGAUCUUUCCAGUCGCAAUGCCACAGAUUAUGCAGACCCUGCUUUUCUCCAGUCCAUGAUGCGCCGCCUCGACUACGAUGGUGAUGGAGGUCUGAGCUUUGUUGAGUUUGUGACCAGCUUUGAUCUCUUCGUGGAUCUCGACGGCAAUCCCACCAAUUUUAAGGAUUCGCUCUUUUUUGCCGGCUGUGCCGCCCUCAUCGAGCGUCUUAAUGAGCUCAAGCGCUCCAUGCAGGCGCUGCAAAACGAAGCAGACAUUGAGCAGCAACAACUACGUGCCAAUAUGCAGGAAUUGCGCGCUACCAUGCUUAGACGCGAUGCUGAACGCGACGACAUUCUUGAACUUGCUAGUCAAGACAUGUACGAUCUCAAGGCCACAAUCAAAACCUUACGAGGCUCGCUGCAGGAAACAACAACAGCUCAUGACAAGCUCAAGGCUGCGCACGCUGCGCAAGCAGAUCAACUCGAGCAGCUGCGACUCCUGUCUCGCCGUCCAGCAGAGGAGCGUUCGGACGGCGAAGGGGAGCUCGAGCGUUCCCAGCUUCAAGCGCGCAUUCAUCGACUGACGGACCUUGAAGCCACCAUUGAGGAGCUGCGUCAACAAAUCCUGCUCCUGGAGCAAGAAGCUCGCGACUACGAGCUUCGCACCAAUAGCCUGGAUCAGCUUCCAACGCCUGUCCAGCACCCUGAUUUACAGUCUGAAUUUCGCAUUUACGAGCUUGAAGAGGAGAACCGCCGGCUCCAGUACAGCUCUCAGCAGCUGCAAGAGCGCCUCGAGCAGCUGAGUUGCACUAAAUUUGGGCGCACACCCCUAGACGAGCGGCUGUCGGACUUGGAGGAACAGCUUCGGGCAGCUGAAGCGAAGUAUGCUGCUGUGGACGCGCAACACGCGCAGCUGAGCACAGAGGUGGAGCGCUGGCGACAGCGCUUUGAGGCCGCUGAGCGCGAGCACGAACUCAAGCUAGAACACCGGGAACAGCAGUUGCGGGCUUUACGCUUGGAAACCUCGGCACAUGGCAGCGCCGAUGUUCGCGCGCUCAACAGUUUGCGGCGCGAACUGGACGACCUCGUCGCAGAGGUGGAAGCGCGCUCCUCUGCAUUGGACACGGCCAAAGACUCUUUGGCACGCCAAACGGACGCACGCCGCGCUGCGGAGGAGCAACUAGCACAACUACGCCAGGAGCUGCUGAGAGCCGACCAGCACUCAAACCGCUUGCAAGAUCAGCUGCAUGCAGCUACGACUGCAGCAACCGAGGCUCGUCGCGAAGCAGAUCAAGCCCAACGUGAAGCCGAUGCAGUGCGGCAAGAGGCGGCUGCGAGACAGGAGCAGUUGUCCUGUCAGGGCACUCCAACUCAUGGAGCUUACGUUACAGCGACGGCCGAAGGGCCUGAUAUCACGCCGCGACCCCGAUCUACUCCGAUCCUCCAAAGCCCUGGUCCUCGCUUGCAACCCAUGCGUCGCAGUCUGCGUAGCGAGCGCAACAAGACGCGCACCACCACUUCAAAUGUACUGCAUCUUGCGUCCGUCAAGACGCGCUCACCCAAUGCUCAAAGCUUGGUAUUUGCUUGCCUGUCGCUUGACUCCACCAUCAAUCGGUGCUUGCUCUGCCUAUUUUACCACGCACUCUUCUCAUGGAUCGCACGUACUCUGUGUUUCCCUUGGGCGUCGGUGCGACAGAGUGAAAUUUUACAAGAUAUUGCGGCCCUACGCGAUUUGCAAAACGCGACAUCCAACGCUCAUCGGGAGCGUAUGCAACGCACGCACCAGGUGCUGGAUGAUACUUUGUCGACGCGAGGUCUUGUGGGCACCCUCUCCUGCUCAGCCUCGCUCAUGGACCUACACAAAGUGGACUCAACCAGCUCUUCCUUGGGCAAUAGCGUCUCGCCUAAAAUACCGCGCCGAAGCCUGCCGUUAGGCGCGCGAUUGCAUGAAGACGAGCAGAGCGUCGAUUCAAUGUCCAAUCUCAGCGAUUUACCUGGCCGUGAACCAACGCUGCUGAGCACCAAGCCACGGCGCAUUCAGCGGGAUAGUUCAGGCUUUACGGAGGACCGACGUAGGUUUUUUUGGUUGCUCCAAACCGCGCUGGCCCGUGCUUGGCUCGACUUCUCUUUGACACAAGCAUCCUUGUGUGGUUGCCUUGAGUGCAGCUCCUCUGUCACGUUUCAAUUCCAACUCGAGCGUCGCCUCUUCCAGCCGGUCCAUUGCGUCUGCAUCGCGCUGCGUCUCUCUACAAGACUCGCCAAUGCGGUCGCUAUCUGGCGUGCUUCCCUUCGUCUCUUCCCCAUUGCUAUCUCGUUUGAGCCCACGGCAGUCCCGAGACAAUGGCAUUCUUGCAUCCAGCUCGAGUGUUCAGGUGGAUCCACCACACGCCCAAUCGACAACGCCCAUGCCCAGCACAACAUACAAGGUCCAUGUGCUUGA